AAUAUAUGGUAUUUAAUGGGUGCAAGAACAAUUUUUCUUUCCUACUUGAAAAUUGAAAAUGACUUUUUAGCCAACCUUUCUUGGGGAGAAAAAGACCUCAGUGGUUCAAUAGCAGCCCCAGAUGUCAAAUUAAACCUUGGGGGAGAUUUUAUUAAAGAAUCUACAGCCACUACAUUUCUGAGACAAAGAGGAUAUGGAUGGCUUUUGGAAGUUGAAGAUGAUGAUCCAGAAGAUAACAAGCCACUCUUGGAAGAAUUGGAUAUCGAUCUGAAGGAUAUUUACUACAAAAUCCGAUGUGUUUUGAUGCCAAUGCCAUCACUUGGUUUUAAUAGACAAGUGGUGAGAGACAAUCCUGACUUUUGGGGUCCUCUGGCUGUUGUCCUUUUCUUUUCCAUGAUAUCAUUAUAUGGACAGUUUAGGGUGGUAUCAUGGAUUAUAACUAUUUGGAUAUUUGGUUCACUAACUAUUUUCUUACUGGCCAGAGUUCUUGGUGGAGAGGUUGCAUAUGGCCAAGUUCUUGGAGUUAUAGGAUAUUCAUUACUUCCUCUCAUUGUAAUAGCCCCUUUACUUUUGGUGGUUGGAUCAUUUGAAGUGGUGUCUACACUUAUAAAACUGUUUGGUGUUUUUUGGGCUGCCUACAGUGCUGCUUCAUUGUUAGUGGGUGAAGAAUUCAAGACCAAAAAGCCUCUCCUGAUUUAUCCAAUCUUUUUAUUAUACAUUUAUUUUUUGUCCUUAUAUACUGGAGUAUGAUCUAAGUCACAUGUGAGUAGAAAAAGACAAUGUUACCUUUGCGUGAAGGUUGGGAAUUCUUGCUGAAUGGAUUGAAGAAAAGCUGUUGCUGAUAAAAUUUUACAUGUUCCAGAUAUAAAGAGAGGUUUAAGGCUUUUUUAAAACAAUAUUUUGUUUUUGGAUUUAAUUAAGCAAUUGCAGUUAUCUGGAUUUUUUUUUUCUCAGAAUUCUAAAUUCUGUUUGAUUCUUCAUAUUCCAGUCAAUAAAAUAUAAAAGCAUUGUGUUUUUAAGGUUGUGUUGCUAUUCUCCUAAAAAUUUGUGCCCAAAGCACCUGGAAUGGUAAUUACACUUCACUUAAAGGGUAAAUAUGACAACAUCCUGAUAAUCUAAAAGUGCAAUUUUUUUCUUUAAAGGAUUUCUCUUCACUGUAGAUCUUGUAGAUUUAUAUUUAUAUUUAUACAUAUAUAUUUAUGAAAUAAUUCUUAUUAACAAAAUAUAUUUCUGAAUAGCGAAAAAUGAAGAUAUUUUAAAUCUGAUGCUUAAAAUUUUUUUCAAUUUGGCCAUUAAUCUUUUUAUUUAUAAAUUUAAAUUUGUUUUUUAAUUAAUUUUAAAAUCUCAUACAUGUUUCAGUAUGUCCUUGUUAAAAUUCUUAAUAAUAACAACUAAAACUAAUUUUAACAUAUGUUGAUAUAGAUUUGGUUUGUUUGGGUGUUUUUAAAAACCAUUUUUUAAUAUCUAUACAUUAAAAGUUUCUGUUUAUCUUCUGACCAAAGGAGCAAAAGGUAUAAUGGAUAUGACAUUCAUUAAAAUUAUUAAUAUGUAGAAAAGCAGUAAUAUUUAUAGCAUCAGUAAAUGUUUUUAAGUGGUAUUCCUAAGUCAUAAAAGUUGCUUGAAAGAGACCUUUAAAAUCUUGUGGUCCUAAAAAAUGUUACAUGAAGUAGAAAAAAAUAAGUGCUUCCUAGCUGUUUGUUUUGUGUUCUAACACCUUGUCCUGUAUUACUUGAUAUUUUAACAAGUAUCAGGCACUCUAACAGAUGUACAAUAUUUCCUAAGGGGGGAAAUAGUAAUAAAUUUUAGCUAGUGAAAUUUUUGUUGCAAAUAACUUCAUAGACUUUAUAUCUACCUUUAGUUAAUAUUACCUUGUAAAGUAGAUAAAAUAUUUAUGUUCAUAAAAUAGCAAAUGCCUAACUAUUAGCAAAUUGUAUUUGUUCUGUUCUGAGCUGAAAGAGUUAACUGCUGCCCUCAGUAUGAUAACAUGGCCACCUCUUGGUAUGUUUUCCUUCAGCGAUCUUUUCCAUCAGGAAAUAUCCAGCAAUUCUGAACUAGCCUGUAAAUUAGCAAGAUAUCAAGCCCAUCUCUCUCCCUUUUACCCUCUCUCCCUUGAAAAAA